UUAGCCACCGACAAAGAAGUACGGGCAAAGAUUUCAUUCGUCGUUAUCCCGCAAGCGAACCCUGAUGGCUACGACUUCAGCUUUACCAUAGAGCACGAAUGGCGCAAGAACAGAGCCAAACAGCCGUCCGGCACCUGCCUCGGAGUCGACCUGAACCGGAACUACCCCUUCCAUUGGGGAGAGGCCGAAAAGGGUGAAGCCGAUCUUCCCUGCCAUGAGGUGUUCAUGGAUGUCAAGCCGGGCACCCAACCGGAAGUCAAGGCGGUGAUGGGCGUUUUGCAAACGCCGAACGUUAAGGGAUACCUGUCGCUGCACAGCUUCGGCCAACUUAUCCUACGUCCCUACGGUUACGCGAAAGGCAAAACGGUGAAAAAUGAAGCGGCGUUGAAAGCCCUCGGCGAUGCUAUGAGAGACGCCAUCAAAAAACGUAGUGGUGCUAAUUACACUUCGAUGUUGUCUUCUCAAUUGUACCCGGCGGCCGGCGCUUCUGAUGAUUAUGCGGCGUCCCUCGGAAUCCCCUGGGUAUACACGAUGGAGUUGAGCCCUUCAGAAGACGAUAAUGAUGUUUGGGGUAACGGUUUCCAACUGCCCGAGACGAAAAUCGUCUCCACCGCCCAGGACGUAUGGACCGCGAUCAAGUUGAUGUCCGCAAAAAUCGUGGAA